AUGCUCAUCAUGAUUAUCUUCAAUAAAGAUCUGAAAAAGGAGUCUUCUUUGCUAGGAAGUUUUCUUUUAAACUGGAGCUCAAGAAACGUGCACUCUUCAUUCAGAAUUGAGCAUCUGGAAUUCUUUCAUCGAAUGAUGCAAUAUGCUAAUUCAAAAGCUGAGAAGAGUGUAACAGAAGAAGUUGUUAAGACCUUGUUUUCAAACAUUGAAGACAUCCUUGCAGUACACAAUGACUUCUUGACUCUAAUAGAGGAACAGCUAUAUCCUGAACCAAGUUGUCAACAUGAAGUCGGAAAAUGCUUCCUUCAGUUUAAAGACAGAUUUCAUAUAUACCAUGAAUACUGCAGCAAUCAUGAAAAAGCUCAGAAGCUACUUCUUGAACUGAACAAAUCAAUAAAUGUGCGCACCUUUCUUCUGAACUGUAUGCUACUUGGAGGGCGGAAAAACACAGAUGUCCCUUUGGAAGGCUAUCUUGUGGCACCAAUACAGAGGAUUUGCAAAUACCCACUGCUUUUGAAGGAACUGCAGAAGAGAACCCCAAAAAGGCACAAUGAUUAUCCAGUUGUAGUAGAUGCCCUACAGGCCAUGAAAGCAGUGUGUUCCAAUAUAAAUGAAGCCAAGAGACAGAUGGAUAAGUUGGAAGUCCUGGAAGAGUGGCAGUCUCACAUCGAAGGGUGGGAGGGGUCCAGCAUAACAGAUGCAUGCAGUGAAAUGCUUAUGCAGGGGGUCUUACUGAAAAUUUCUGCUGGCAACAUCCAAGAACGAGUUUUCUUUCUGUUUGACAACCUUCUGGUAUACUGCAAAAAGAAACACAGGCGCUUAAAGAACAGUCGAACUGCUGCAGAUGGACACCGCUAUCUUUUCCGUGGCAGAAUUAGUACCGAGGUGAUGGAAGUAGAGAACAUGGAUGAUGGAACAGCUGAUUAUCACAGCAGCGGUCACACGGUUGUCAGUGGCUGGAAGAUACACAAUACUGCCAAGAAUAAGUGGUUUGUCUGCAUGGCCAAAACGCCAGAGGAGAAACAAGAAUGGCUGGAAGCUAUCCUCAAGGAACGAGAGAGGAGAAAAAGUUUAAGGUUAGGUGUGGAGCAGGACACCUGGGUGAUGAUCUCUGAAAAUGGAGAAAAACUCUAUCGCAUGAUGUGUGAGCAUGGAAACCUUAUCAAAGACAGGAAAAGGAAACUGACCACAUUUCCUAAAUGCUUUGUUGGCAGUGAGUUUGUGGCUUGGUUGAUGGAGAUUGGAGAGACACACAAGCCUGAAGAGGGUGUUCACCUCGGCCAGGCUCUUCUGGAAAAUGGAAUCAUCCAUCAUGUGCUGGACAAGCACCAGUUUAAGGCAGAACAGCUGCUGUACAGAUUCCGAUAUGAUGAUGGGACCUAUCAUCCAAGGAAUGAAUCACAAGAUGUGGAGUCUAGGGGUGUAAGGUUAUACUGCAGAAUCCACAGCUUGUUUACACCAGUCAUCAGGGAUAAAGAUUACCAUCUGAGGACAUAUAAAUCUGUGGUUAUGGCAAACAAGUUAAUAGACUGGUUGACUGCACAGGGAGACUGCAGGACAAGAGAAGAAGCUAUAAUGCUGGGCAUAGAAUUAUGUGACGAUGGAUUCAUGCAUCAUGUGCUUGAAAAAAGUGAAUUCAAAGAUGAACCUCUACUAUUUCGAUUUUUUGCUGAUGAAGAAAUGGAAGGAUCCAACACCAAGCUCAGAGCCAUGAAGCAUGAUCUGAAAAUAGUUGAAAAUGUUAUAGCCAAGUCAUUGCUAAUUCAGCCUAGUGAUGGAGGUUACGGCUUUACUCUCGAAGAGAGAAAUAAGGUACCCAUUGUGAAAUCAGUGGAGAAAGGCUCCUACGCAGAAAUGGCAGGCCUUGAAGUCGGAAGGAAGAUAUUUGUCAUUAAUGGAGACCUGGUUUUCCUGAGGCCUUUUCAGGAAGUGGAAUGUUUCUUGAAGCACUGUUUCGGCAGCAAGAGACCCUUAAGGGUUCUACUAAGCACAAAACCAAGGGAGGUAGUAAAGAUUCCAGAUUCAAUGGAGGGACUUGGAUUCCAGAUCAGAGGAUUUGGUCCAUCUGUUGUGCAUGCUGUUGGCAGAGGAACUGUGGCUGCUUCCGCAGGUCUCCACCCUGGACAGUGCAUUAUUAAAGUGAAUGGGAUUAAUGUCAGCAAAGAAAGCCAUGCAAGUGUGAUCGCUCAUCUCACAGCUUGUCGAAAGUACAGGCGACCUAUGCAGCAAGAGACCAUCCGAUGGGUUUACAGCAACAUGGAGAGUGCUCAGGAAGAUCUCAACAAAACAAAUCUGAAACCUGCUGGGGAGAAUGGAGGGGAAACAGUUGACGGCAAAGUAGAAGAAGUAAUAGAUAAGUUCCAUACUUUGGCAAUAAUUGAUGGCAAGAAAGAUCAUGUGAGCCUGACUGUCGAUAAUGUUCAUCUAGAGUAUGGCGUCGUGUACGAGUACGAUAGUACAGCAGGAAUUAAAUGCCACGUGCUGGAAAAAAUGAUUGAACCCAAGAGCUUCUUCAGUCUAACUGCAAAGAUUCUCGAAGUUUUGGCUAAAAGUGAUGAACAGUUUGUACAGCAGUGCAACUCCCUUGACUUCCUGAAUGAAGUUAUUCCUGCAGACAUUCAUAAUAAACUCAGCAUUAUAUGCCAGCAAAAGUCAGAUCACCUCAGCAGGCGCGUUACCAGUUAUCGCAAGUUCUCUCGUGUGCUGAGGAACAGAGCGUGGCCCACUUUUAAACAGGCGAAGUCAAAGAUCUCACCAUUGCACAGCAGUGACUUCUGUCCGACCAACUGCCACAUUAAUGUCAUGGAGGUGUCCUAUCCGAAGACUUCUACCUCUCUUGGAAGUGCCUUUGGAGUUCAGCUGGACAGCCGAAAGAAUGCACUAAAUGAUAAUGAGGGCAAAAACACAGAUCACGAAAUGCUUGAUCCAAUGGUUUAUAUUCAACACACCAUAACCACCAUGGCAGCUCCUUCUGGUCACAGUCUGGGCCAGCAAGAUGGACAUGGACUUCGAUUCCUUCUGAAGGAAGAAGAUCUUGAUGCUCAAGAAGCUUAUCAGAAGCUCCUUGGAAAAUUACAGACAGCACUCAAGGAUUUGGAGGCCUAUGUCUCUCACAUUGACGACCUUGUUUCUGCAAUUACAGAUUCGCCGACUUCCGAGUCAAAAACAUCUGAAUCUUUGUUACCCUCAGACAGUGAUACGGAAAAAAUGGAAAGGAAUAGCAAAAAGGUCUGUUUUAAUGUGACGGGAGAAGAACAGGAAGAUUCAGGUCAUGACACAAUAAGCAACAGAGACUCGUACAGUGACAGCAACAGUAAUCGAAAUUCAAUAGCAUCUUUUACCAGCAUCUGCAGCAGCCACUGUAGUUCAUACGUGCACAGUGACGAUAUGGAUUCAGGUGAUGAACUGCCAUCCAGUCUUCUUAUCUCCCAUGAUAAACAAAACAAAUUACAUAGCUGCUUAGAGCAUCUCUUUACUCAGGUAGAUUCUGUCACAAGUCUUCUUCUGGGGCCAGCUGUUGCAAAAGCUUUUGAUCAGACCAAGCACUACACUCCUGGUCGAGGUAUACAAGAACUGCAACAGGAUGUAGACGCUAUAAUUAGCUGUCCCAAGAGACUGCGACUUCAUAUAAAACAAGAUCCCUGGAAUCUUCCAAGCAGUGUCCAAAACCUCUCCCUUACCAUCUCUAAGCUUGUUGAAGAGGUGAAGGCACGGACACUUCUUGGUCUUCUUGAAUACACAGACAAUGAGAUACAACUCAGGAGAGAUGUGGUUUUCUGCCAGACUGUUGUAGCAACAGUGUGUGCUUUCUCAGAACAGUUGUUGGCAGCCCUAAAUCAGAUGUAUAACAAUUACAAAGAGUAUGAAACUGAGACAGAAGAGGCCAGCAGAAGAUGGCUAGAACAGAUAGCCUACACAGGUGUUCUGCUUCAUUUUCAGUCUCUCCUUUCACCUAAUAUGAUGGAUGAACAAGCAAUGCUGGAAGAUACGCUGAUUGCCUUGCUUGACCUCGAAAAGGUUACCUUUCACUUCAGACAGCCAUCUGACGAGCCACUAAUAGCAAAUAUGCCAAUAACAUAUCAAGCAGAAGGAAGCCGACAAGCUCUAAAAGUUUACUUCUACCUGAAAAGUUAUCAUUUUGAACAGCUGCCACAAAGAUUAAAGAAUGGUGCAGGAUUCAGAAUUUACCCUGUUCUCUUCACACAAGCCUUGGAAAGUAUGGAGGGUUACUACUACAGAGACUGUGUGUCAGUGGAAGAAUUCCAAGCUGUGAUAAAUGAAGUUUCACUUGAAAAUGUGAAAAAAUACACCCAGAAACUAAGGGCAUUCUACCUCGAUAAAUCCAAUCUACCCCCAAAUGCAACAUCAAAAGCUGUAUUUAUUGACAAGCUCAUGCGACCACUCAAUGCACUGGAGGAGCUCUAUCGACUCAUAGAAUCUUUCACCAGAUCCAAACGUACUCCUUCUUCUACCUGCAGUACCAGUAGUGCAUCAGGAGUUGGAUUGCUCUCAGUUUCGUCAGAGCUUUGUAACCGACUGGGAGCCUGCCACAUUGUAAUGUGCAACAGCGGUGUGCACCGAUGCACACUCAGUGUUACUGUAGAACAGGCCAUCAUCCUUGCACGUAGCCAUGGUCUUCCUCCCCGCUACAUUAUGCAAGCAACAGACGUGAUGAGAAAACAGGGAGCAAGAGUACAGAACUCAGCCAAGAAUCUGGGUGUAAGAGACAGAACACCACAGUCCGUUCCCAGGUAA